GUUAAAAAUAACGUCAUUGAAAUAAAAAUCAUGUCUUUUUGUUUUAAGUUUUAAUCGUUUUUUUAAUCUUGACCUUUACGCAUGAAUCAUGUAAUGUAGUCUUUAUUUUAUAUUUAGUUUUUUUUCCAUUUAGUAUAAGGUGCAACUAAUGUUAAAUUCUUUCGGAACAGAGGUUAUACUUGGUUCGUUAUGAUUUAACUCUUUCUCUUAAAAUUAGCUUUCACAAUGGAUUUUGUGAAAACCGAGGAUCGUGUUUUAUUAGACGAAGAAAAUUAUAAAACCUACAUGGAAAACCUUCAAAAAUCCCAUCAAAUUGAGAGUAUGGAUUACCAAUAUAAUGUAACUAUGGAACAGAUACAGUUGGCUAUGCAGUCUUCCUUAAAUCCAAAUUUAAUGCAUAAUUUCCAAUUGCCACUGUCUCCACGACAAAUGUCCACACUUAUGUUAAAAACCAAUCACCUCACACGCACACUAAAUUUUAAUGAGAUACCUACACAUUUACAAAAAAGCGAUUUGGAGCUUAUGAAUGAAAUAAGACAUGAUGAUUUAUUAAAUCAAAACUUAAAUAGAAACCUAGAUAUGGCAAGAAAUGAUUUAGCUCAAAAUAUAAAUAGAAAUUUGGAAUUAAGAGCUGAUUUAGCACAAAACCGUAGUCUGGAGUUAGCAAGAAAUGACUUAGUCCAAAUAAAUAGAAAUGAUUUGGCACAAAAUUUGAACAGAAAUCUUGAGUUGGUACAAAACUUGAAUAGAAAUAUGGAUUUAGUUAGGAAUGAUAUUGAGAUGCAAGCAAAUUUACAUAUUGAUACCCAAAGAAUGGAUAUGCACAACCCAAACAUCGAUAUGAUGAACAGAAUAGACAAUGAUAUUGCUAAUAACCAAGAGGAAAGACGGUCACCGUUAUAUGAUAGUCAUCUGCUGAAACAACAUUUAGAUAGAUUUGAUUAUUCAAUGAACCAGAAAAUUGAUCAAAUAUUGGCACAAAGGAUGGAGUUGGGCCAACGUUUGGAUCAAAGAAUAGGGAAUGGUAUAGAGCACAGGGUGGAACAAAAUGAUUUGCCAAUUCCUUUUUAUAUAAAGCCGGAACAGGAGGAAGAUUUAGGAUUUUAUGAUAAUAUGAGUCAGGGGCUAGCUAACACAGUCAAUGGUGAAAUACCACAGCAGGAACUGCAGUCGCCUUCGAUUCAUCAGGACCAUAUCUUCUCAGUUUACAAUAACCAUUUGCCCAUACAAGCUCUAAAUUCUUUAGAAAUUUACCAGCGGCAACAAAACUAUACCCAAAACUAUGUGAACGAAGUGGCCAGGGACAACCCUCAAAAUUUAGUCAUCCAUAGACAAUUUGACACCCCUACCUUUAACGACGAAAUAAAAAAACUGCGACAAGAUGGCGGCAAAUUUGAAAUGUCAAAACAUGAAGACCCAAAGGAAAAUCUUAAACCGGAUGAAAAUAAGAUUUUUUAUUACGAAAAAAGUGAGAAUGAUUCCAGCGUGAAUAAUAAAAUUGAUGACCUCUCAAUGAAUAUCAAGGGGCAGUAUAGCUGUUUUAAAUGUAAGGAGGUCUUUCCUUCGAAGAGGAUACUGAAACAACACGCGAAAACCUGCGAAAAUGGUUUGAGUGUCGAAGAAUUGGACAAAUUAGGGAAGUUCAGUUGUUCCCAGUGUGCCUACCGGUGUCAAUCACCUGCCAUAUUGAAAAUUCACGAACGCACGCACUCAGGGGAGAAACCAUAUGCGUGUACAUUUUGUGACUACAAAUCUGGACAGAAAAACAAUGUAGCAAAACAUAUACUUGUUCAUAUGAAGCAAAAACCGUUCCGGUGUCAGUUUUGCGAGUAUCGAUGUGCACAAAAGAACAAUUUAGUUGUUCAUGAGCGAACACAUACUGGCUAUAAGCCAUUUGCUUGCCCUUUCUGUGAAUAUCGAACGGUGCAAAAGCCAAAUUUAGUCAAACAUAUGUACUUACACACCGAUCAAAAACCAUUUAGUUGUGAUAUGUGUAGUUAUAGGUGUGUCCAAAAAACAAACCUAACAAAACACAAACAGAGGCACUUGAAUGAGAAAGAGGGAGAAAAAGUUGAUUUCAAAGUUCAAAGUAAACCAUAUAGACCAAGACAAAAGUCUGUGAAAUGCCCUCAUUGCCCCUACAAGUGUGUUCAAAAGUCUAGUUUAGAGAAACACCUCCAUUUUAAACAUAACGAAGAAGGAAGAAGUGAUUUUAGUGUAGGACAAAGUGAAUUUUCUGCAGCUCAAAGUGAAUUUAAUGCGUCCCCAAACGAUUUUAGUGCUGAUAAAAGUGAUUUCAGCGCAACACAAAAUGAUUUUAGUGCUGAUCAAAAUGAUUAUAGCGCUGAUAAAGGUGAUUUUAGUGGAAAUGAAGAGUUAUGUGAUACAAUACAGAAUUUAAGUGUUAAAAAAGAUACUCAGUUUGAUUGCGUUGAUAAAAUUGUUGAAUCGCUGCCGAUUCAAGCAUAGUUACUCUGAUAUAAAAAUCCAAGGAAUGGCCAUGUAUUUGGCCCACGGUACCUUAUAAUAUAUUUCACAUGACAUAUGAAAACUGUUUAAAUCUUGGGUUUCUAUAUCAAUACUUAUUACAAACCAUGGACAGUUUAUACAUUAUUUUUAUUUAAACAUUUAAAAGUUAAUGAUAAAAAAUAGUAACAAAAUUCAAUUGCAUGAAUAAUGUUUAAAAUUAAAAUAGUUAAAUGACUUAAUCAGAUACAAUAGUAAUUUUUAAAAAUAAUUUAAAUAAUAAUUCUGUCUAUGGUAUGUUCCUUUGUCUAGUGAUCUGAUUUGAUAGUUGAUGUAGAUGGCGCUACAACAUUUAGUUACAAUUAAAUUAAAUUAAAAAAUACUCUGGAACACAGAAACUUCGCCCAAUUAAAACACUUACAUGGCUGGUCCAAUAUAACAACUGAGUGUUGUCUACAAUUAGAUAGCUCUGGUAUGCAAGGUUAAAAAAUCUUUAGGUAAAUUAUGUUCUUCAGUUGUACGGAUACAUCCCUGUAACCUAAUUUAUGUAUUCCGUUCCAUGCCUGCAUGCAUAUUACUUUGUGGUCGUUGGAUUUGAGGUUGCAGAACUUAUAACCUUUUUUUGUAAUAUUAAAAACAGUUACAUUAUUGUCAUGAUUAUGUAACUUUUUUUUAAGCACUACAUACUAGCCUAUCGGGCACACAGUCGAUCAGAUAUGUGACCAAGUAGCUAGGUAGCAGGGGAGUGUCGAAGUCUUUCUUAAAAAGGGACAUUAUUAACUAUGUAACUGUUGUCAACAUAUCUAUCUUGAUAUGAAAAAAAUGCUGGCAACGCACUUGCGAGACCUCUAGUAAUGUAAGUGUCUAUGGGCAGCGGUAUCACAUAACAUCAGAUUAGCCUACGGCCUAUUUGUCCUGUUAUAUAUUGUAAUAUCUUUUUCGUGAAGAAAUGAAAUCAUACAAUAAGAAUUAUAUUGGUUCAAAUAACACACUACACAGGUAUAUAUUAUAUUAUAUGAUACUAAUUCCUCAUCAUCAUCAAUACAUACAGCCCCUUGUGGGCCUUAGCCUCCUCAAAUACACUUCGCCAUCGCAGUCUAUCCAGAGCUUCCCGUUUCCAAUUGCGUACCCCUAUUGUUUCGAGGGCCUUCACAACUCCAUCCCACCAACGUAGCCUCGGUCUACCGGGUUUCCUCUUGCCACCGGGUUGUGGGUUCCGUCGUUCUGAUGCCUACAUUGUUAAAUACAAUAUUGGAGAGGUGAGAAUUUUUUUGUAGCGCCAUCUAUCGUAAGGACAAAUAAAAUGUAUUUCAAGUCAGAUCGUAGAUAUUGUAAAUAAUUGCUUGUGUUUUUUUUUAAUGAUUUUUGAAUGACUUUGGCGCUUUAGUACUUUUGUGGUUUCGAACUGGAAAAAUAUUAUUUAGCUACGAUUUCUUAUGUCAAACAAAAUCUCAUACAAUGACAAUAGUGUUCCUAAUACAGAGAAUUGUUGAGUGUUUCUUACAUAACAGUACAAAAAAGGGUUAGAAAUAACGCAAAAGAAGUAUAUAGUCAUAAUAAGAAUAAGAUUAUUAAUAUAAUUUCAUUAUACUCAAUGAAUGUAGUAUAGAGGUGACUUAAAAGUGAUGAAAUUUUACAGAUUCCAGAUGUUUCUAUUAUGUAUGGGUAUCUUUGUUGAUAUUGUUCUAAAUGAAUCUAUAAUAAAAAUUAUGUAAUAAUAAAAAACAACUUACUAAAGAAACUUGGUGGCUUAGGAACAUUUAACAGUUGUCUGAGACAGAACGCAGAUGUUUUCUGUUACAGUAUUUAAUAUGAAUUGACACAAUAAUAUGCAAUUCCAAUUCAUGACUAUUUCUUAUAUUUUAAAUUCAAUAAAACCGAAAGUUUUAACUGGAUGUUAAAUGAAACAUUCAAAACAAAAGGUAGGUCUACCGAGAUAACUGCAAGCCAGCUUUGUGAUUAAUUUUUCUACAAUUAUACAACAGCUGUACUCAGUGGUUAUCUAUGAUAUAUUAAAAUGUUACUGUAUCUGUGGAAUUCCAAUUUAAUUAUAAGAGGUAACUUGAGAUUUAUGAAUUCCUUUUAAUCUUAAAUCUACCAAAUUACUUGACCAUUGUAUGACAACCCUGGGUAUGAUUGUUACAAGUCAAAGUCGUAGCUAAAUAUAAGAACAUGCCACUGGUAAAGUGAAAAUGUACUUAAAGUACUGGAUUUUUGUGUAAAGCGCCUAAAGGCUGUGAAAGAUUUUCCAUUGUGUUACCAAGAGAUUUGUAAUUUACAUCACAUGAGAUAUUUUUUGUAUGAUUUUUUUGUAAUUAAAUGCCGCUUACCAAAGUA